CGAGGGGACGCGUGAAGGCGCCGAUCGGCUCCGAAUCUGCUGCGCGGAGGUGCCCGGGUGGACUGAAGCGAGGAAGCCGAUACGUUGGAACGACUGAAGCCACACGCCGCCAACAGCCAAGUGGCCACCAUGCGGACGGUGGCCGAGGACAACUUCGGUGUGCACCGGCCGGCCGGUCAGCCGGCCGUGCCCGUGCGCCGCUUCACUCUCACCAACCCAGCGGGCACCGAGGCACAGGUCAUCAACUACGGCGCCCGGCUGACCUCACUCAAGGUCAAGGACAAGCACGGUCGGCUGGUGGACGUGGUGCUCGGAGAGGACUCGUACGAAAAGUACGUCAGCAACACGUGCUAUUUCGGCUGCACGGUCGGCAGGGUGGCCAACCGCAUCGCCGGGGGAAAGUUCGUCCUCAAUGGCCAGGAGGUCAACGUCAAGGUCAACCGGCCGCCGGUACACCUGCACGGCGGUCAGGUCGGCUUCGACAAGCAGCUGUGGGGCUCGCACGUGGAGGGCGACAGCGUCACCUUCACCUACGUCAGUCGCCACGGUGAAGAGGGUUAUCCAGGACAGCUGACGACGCACGUGACGUAUCAACUGACGGAUGAUAACCAGCUGACGAUCCGCUAUCGGGCGAUGAGCGACCGGCCGACGCCGGUCAACCUCACCAACCACACCUAUUGGAACCUGGCCGGCCACGGCGCUGGUCGCGACGAGCUCCUGCGUCACCAGGUCACCAUCAACGCCGCCACGUACCUCGAGGUGGACGAGAACUGUCUGGUGACCGGUCGCCAGUGCUCGGUCAACGGCAGCGGUUACGACUUCCGCGUAUCGCGCCCGCUCAGCGAGGCGCUGGCCGCGCUGCCACCUGGGGGCGGCUUCGACAACAACUACUGCCUGGAACGGCCGGGAGAUGGCGGGGUGGGCACAGCGGCCCGCGUCGUCAGUCCCGACUCGGGCGUCGCCAUGGAAGUGCUGACCGACCAGCCGGGCGUGCAGUUCUACACGGGGAACUUCUUGCCGGCCGACGGCGCGCCGGGAAAAGAGGGCGCCACCUACGGGCGCCAGGGCGCCUUCUGCCUGGAGACUCAGAAGUAUCCCGAUGCGGUCAACCACCCCGAGUUUCCCAGCACGAUCGUGAACCCGGGAGAGCUCUACCAGCACACGUGCAUCUAUCAGUUCUCGGUGGACAACUCGUGCUGAAUGCAGCGUGGACGCCACCGAGGCGGGUCGCAGAUGGCGCUGGUGUGUCGGCGGUGCGGCGUUUCCGGCGCGGUAGUCCAGUUCAGGGUCCAGGCGGUGCGUGAUAGACUAGGGGUGGCGUCGUUUGUCGCUCAGUGGCUUAACUGAGCAAGUUAACAGGUGUUGAUUCAGCUUCUAAUUGGGUUUGACGGCGUGUAUUUCCUCCGGUUUCGGUUAGCCAGCUGCAGGCUGUGGCGAACUCUUUCUAUCCGCUGUCGGAAAAACACGGCGACAUGGCCGGGGCCGCGGAUACAGGUGGAUACCUGAAAAUCUGCCUCACUGCCGGAGACUCGGGUUAAGACCAGAAUUGAGGACAAGUGGAUGUUGCAAACACGCUCAUGUGAUGCUUUCAGUCAACUGCCGAUGCGAACUAAAACGCCAUGUAAAUACUGGCCGUGCGGCUUUAAGACCAGUCCGUUGCAAAUGCGGCAGCUAACCGCCUGCUGGGAUGGCCUAGCCUGCCUCAUUUUUACACAUCAAAAUGAUGCCGAGGCGAAUCACGGAGCCGAGUGCAGUUGUGGUUCUCCCUAGCACUGGCGUGCAGUAGGCCGGCCUUAUGGCGUCGAGCUCGCGGCGGCAGACGGACGGAAGAAAAGCGAGAGGGACAGCGAGCUCACACCUGGGCCACGUUAGAAUCCGGGGGACCGUGCGUGGAGUCUGCACUGGAGUCAGGGAUGUGGUAGGUAGACGGUGGUGCGAGUGUCGACCGCGCUGUAAUGAUAAUAAAACGAGUGGUG